AUUUAACGCUAGCUGAAGGUAUCGUUCAAGGGUGUGUUGGAGCGCAAUAAAUAAGAUUUUCGCAUGUCUUAAAAUACCAAUUUAAAUACUCAGAGUUAAACUUCGGUCAAAUGUCAAAGCUUCUUUUAUUAACACACCCACGCCAGAUUAUACUUCCUUGUGAUGAAGCUGCCACUCGUUCUGUCAUUUGCUAUUUGUCUCGAAGUAGAUUACCAUUCCAUGUUGAUCAUAUUUUAAACGCUGAUUCAUGUUCUCCUGAUCACUUACUCCCUGUUACUAUUCUUAAUGGCUCCAUUGUGACUGGUUACACUUCUUUGUGUCUGCGUUUGAGUAUAUUAAAAGCCAAUAAGGAUGUUAACCUUAAUGGUUCUAAACUUAUUUCACGCAGUUUACGACAUUCUUACUUAUUUUGGAUUUCUGAUACAUUACGGAAUGUAAUGCUUUAUUUCACCUGGUUUCAUGAAUCUACCUAUUUGAAUUUGACUUACGAACGUCUUAAAUCUUCUACACCGCGUUUGCUAACUAGAUUUAUUGCCAAACGAAAACGACAACAACAUCUUCGUUUUUUGGAAUCUAUUGGUUGGGACAAAAUGAGUACAAGUGAUAUCCUGAAAGAUAUGGAAGCACUUUGUGUCAGUAUUGUUGAACUACUUGGUAAUGGCCCAUUUCUAUUUGGACGUAGUACACCUGGGAAAGUUGAUGCCCUUUUGUAUGGACAUUGGACUGUAUUUUGCGAGUUUUCAGAAUAUUUCAUUUCAUUAAAACCUGUUUUAGAUAAAUAUCCAGCUAUCAGCGAUCUUAUCAAGCGUGUUGCUGAAAUAUGUGAUCAACCGCUUAGUUGUAAUUAAAAAUAUUAUAAGCUAAUUUUCGAUUCAUUAGUGUACAUAAUACUUAUUUAAAGAAACUAUUUAUGUAUCUAGUAUUUUAAAUACAAACAUUCAGAAAA